AUGAACCAAGCAACGCCGAGAAGGUACAAUCUGCGGAGCUCCCAACGAGACGUCCCAAUUCCAUACAACAGCGCGAAAAGUGUUGUUCCCUUGAGGAAAAGAAACUCUCCAUCAGAAGCCAACAAAGGUCACAAACGGCAGCGGACACAGCAGUCUCACGGACCGCCGUUCAGGUCUCCAGCUGGAAUUGAUUUGCCGCGGCAGAGUCAUAUUGAGCAAAGACCCAUCGUCCAGCUGCCCACACGUCUCUCCCGUGAGCUGGAACAGCCAUUCGGAAGUUUCGGACAACUGCCCAACGAUGUGAUCUAUCAAAUUCUCAGCCGCACACCGUACACCCUUCUGGGCCGAAUGUCGAUGACGUCUACCGUUUGGAAACGAACAAUUUCGGCGUAUGUGAGAAGCGGUUCGUUCAAUUUGCGGCUCACGAAAGACGUGGAGAAUACGAUGGAUUCGUUUAGCAACGAGAAGCUGGGCUCGAAUGAUUUGUACUUUUCGAUGGGAACAUUGACCAAAUAUCUGACAAUCAACGAGAAAUGGAGCGUCCGACUCGACUGUCUCCGCAUGUUUCUCACAAUGGCCUACGAAGCAGACUCUUCAAUAGCAGGAAUCGGAAAAAUCGUUCAUGCGUUUGCUCUUCGCCCAGACGAGGAAAUCGUAAUGGAGGAGAUCGACGACAUCGUUACCCUCGUAUUCUCAAUCGUUGGCAGUCUAGUACACGAGUUGAAUGGCGUUGUAUCGAGAUCGGACGUCGAGAGAGAUUUGGAGAACACUGAGAAUGCUCAUAUCUGGUUUUACGAGAUGGAGCUUCGGAAACGAGUGUUGACACUGUUUCUGAACAACGGGGUCACCGAUCCGGCCGUCGGACUCAACAAGUUCUUUUUGAGCAGUGUUUUGAGAAAGUUCAAGGAAGCACAUGGUGUCGUACCCACCUCGUUGAUCUAUCUUCUAUUCUCGCCCACUACGAUUUAUGAAGGCGAAGAAGUGAUCCAUUGGCACCGCCUAUCUCAAAUCUCAGUUGUCGACUUUGACGACGCCCUAGAGUUGAACCCGCUCGCCAGAGCCAUGUUCGCUCUUUUGCAGUGUAAAAAGUUGAACAACACACUUCCAUGGACCAAGAACACCAUUUUCAACUUGAUGGAAGAGAUUACAACAUAUCCUAAUCCGUGGUCCAUGAAUACGUUCGUCGCGCUGCAUGUGCUCGAGCCGGAGCUCGUUCCGAUUGGAGUUGUGGCGCGAUUGAAUAGGAAUCACGAGGACGAGGCGGGCGAUAUGAUUUGCACUAUGAAAAUGCUUCUGUUCCGCUGGAAAAUGGACGUCGUCGGCGUGAUAGAGCGAGCGCUCGAAUCGAUAAAAACCGCUCUGAAACCCGAACAAUGCCGUACGCUCUUCGAUCGCUGCUGGGAUUGGCAUCAACGAAACAUUGACGAUCUUCAUCGGCGGCUCGGUCAAUCGGCAGAGGAGAUUCGAGCGGAAAUCGAGAGUCAGAUGGAAGUGAUGCCAAUGUUGAUGAAACUCUUGUAA